UGUUUAAAAAAGCAUGCUUUAUUUUUACUAGAAUGAGCUUGAAGUUGUACAAAAAGAGUUGACAAGCGAAGAAAAUAUUAAACAUCUCCGGGCUAAAGUUUCUGAAAGGAAAAAGAAAAGGGAGAGGAUAAAACAACGCAAGAAGGAAUUAUAUGAGCAGAACGAGGAAAUGAUGAUAGCCAGAGAACGUAAACAUGCUGAAAUUGAUAAAGCCAUGCAGCAACUAAUUGAGAAACAGAAACUUGAAAAACAGGAGAAAGACAUGCAGAAGGAAGCUGAUGAAAUUUUGAGUCAGGUCCGCAAGAAACUGACAGAAGCCAAUAAAUCAAUCCAGGUGAUCAACAGUAUGGAAAAACUGCGGAAAUUACGUACUGACAGACUGGAGAGACAGGGUGUACUGAGUAUGUACGAGUCUCAAGGUCACAGCUCAACAAAUAAACUAAUGUUUGAGGCGAAGUUGUCCAACAUGAAAGAUUUACUGAACAAACAAUUAGAGAUAUACAAGGCUGAAGAAGCUGCUCUGAAGGUUCACUUAGAGACUGAGCAAGAAGAAACGAGAGAAAAAGAAAGAGAAAAGACAAGACUACGGAGGAUAGAGAGACAAAAACAGGAGAGGAAGAAAGAAGAAAACAUUUUAUUUGGCAGUCAAAAAGAACCUGUACCAGGUGACCCAAUAUAUCCAUUUAGACAAUACUAUGAUGCUGCUAACCAUAGUAUAGACUCCUUACUAGCUAUCAGGAGAGAGUGGGACAGCUUUCUCACAAGUGCAGAUAUUGGCUCUCGUAUACCUGACACCUGGGUCAUACCUGAGCAACCAUCUUCAGAACUAUGGGGAUCAGCUCUUAAAACGUGAUGAGCAGCUGACUGGAAACAAUUGGAAACAUGACUCUAGAUAGACUGGUUAAUCAAAUAAGGAUCUUUUGUCCAAAGUCAUUAGAUGUCUUAGCAGAAGGAAAAAAGAAACAUGAGGGAUGCUGGAAACGGAAGCAAGCUAUUAUGUAGUUUUAAAAUGCUUAUAAAUUCAAUGUAUAGUUGAAAUUUCACAAUCCAGACUCUUUCUUGACAUGGUAAAAUGUCCAGAUUAUGGAGGAUUACAGAAAUUUUUCUUCUUUUACCAUGUUAAAGAAUUUCUUUGCA